AUGAUGAAAGCCAUAAUCCUCGCCUUGGCGUGUCUGUACAUCGCGGCCGCCAUGAAACCCGUGGUGCCAAUCGUGAAACCCAUCGUCUUCAAAUACGUCAGACCCGUUGUCGUUGGAUUUAGACAUGGUUAUGGAGGUUAUGGAGGCUAUGGAGGUUAUGGAGGCUAUGGAGGUUUUGGCGGCUUCGGAGGCUAUGGCGGAUUCGGAGGCUCUGGCGGUUGGGGCGGUUUUGGAGGCGGCGGCUGGGGUGGUUUCGGAGGCGGCGGCUAUGGUGGCUACGGAUACGGAAAGAAGAUACCUAAGCUGUGA